AACGGUGUUUGGUGAGCGAUUGAAAGAAGUUCGCACAAUACUUAAGCUAACAUUAGCAACAAUAUCGUUAGCCAGUUUCAAUGGGUGUGGAUCGUGUUAGCAAGCUAAUUUAGCUAACGUUGACAGAAAACACACGAGGUGGGAACCUAAAGCUAGCGGACUGCUUUAAGCUACCGUUUCCAGCUGCCACGUAACAUAGCUAACGAGAGCCCAACAUGUCUGAUGAUGAUUUCGAAAGUGGGCAUUCUGGGGCCUCUAAUACAUACCCACAGCAGUGCUCUGCAUUAAGGAAGAAUGGCUUUGUCAUGCUGAAGGGACGUCCCUGCAAGAUCGUUGACAUGACUACCUCCAAGACCGGCAAGCAUGGACAUGCCAAGGUUCACCUUAUUGGAAUUGACAUCUUUAAUCAGAAGAAGUUGGAAGACAUCUGCCCAUCUACCCAUAACAUGGAAGUCCCUCAUGUUAAAAGGACAGAGUACCAGUUUGUGGAUUUGGAUCUACAAGAUGGUUACUUGUCCCUUCUUGAUGACGCUGGAGCACCCCGAGAGGACCUCAAAAUACCGGACACUGACUUGGGCAAAGAGAUCAAGAAGAAGUUUGAAAACGGAGAAGGUUUCAUGGUCACUGUGUUGAAAGCUAUUGGGGAAGAACAAGUAAUUGCCGUCAAGCCCAUGAAUUAACAUGUCCUGGACACCGCUUGAGACCUCACAUUCCUAAUCUCCAGUAUGGCUCUGAAGCCUCACCAAAGCUACUGGCCUUCCCCUCACAUCUCCACCAGUUUCCCUGCUGGGCAACUGAAUCCUGGAAACUGGACUGGAGCAGCUUCUUCAACUUUACUUUGGGGUCAGGGCUGACUGACAUCAUCUAUCAAUACAAUAAUUAUCCACCUGUAGCCAUCUCAGCUUAACUUUGCAAUGGCUACUGAUAUUAUUCCAGGAAUUCUGAACAUUCCAGCACUUCAUAAUAUUCUUUUUUGAGUAUGGGUGAUGUGCUUGUUUUUUUUUUUCCUUUCCUUUUUUUUUGUUUGUUUUUUUGAGACAAACGUGGAUGUGAGCGUGUAUUUUAAGGCUUGUUUACAUUUGAGAUGCUGCACCUUGCUUUCAAUUUAAAUUCUCCCCUAAAAUGAUUUUCUUUAUCUACUGGCUGACUCAACACCUCAAGCAAGCUCCAGCUCUACUUUGUGCAACUUCAUUGAUGGCUGGAAUAUGCCUUUCUGCCUUUGACAAUUAAAACUUAUGCAUGCACACUAAUUUACUUUAAUACACAUGCCGUAGCAGCUAUGAUUUAAGCAACAUUUUAUUUACUUUGCAAUUCAACGGCAGAUCACGUGACACAAUGCCUCUUGCCAGGUUUCAAUAAGAUCGGUCUCUUGUAGCAGAGAACUGUGGUGUCUCAGCUGUUCUGAACCCAAACAGGCCUGGGCAGGUGGUGUUGGGUGUGGCCAUUUCUUUUUUUCAUGUUUUUUCAUGUUUUGAAACCUUUUCUUUUCACUUGAGGCCUUUCUGAGCUGACAAAUGUAUAGAAAAUGAUAAAUGCAAAACCUUUUACUAUUAGCAACAUCUCAAUGAUAAACAUAAUUCUUGGCACACUAUUAGAAACCAGAAACCAUUUUACAUCUUAUAAAAUGUAUAGGGUGUAAAUAUGUAGCCAAAUUUAGAUGGUGGUCGUGUCUUGGGAGACAUUGAUGCCCAAGACAUAAUAUAAUAUACACAACAUAAAAAUGACUGUUACCAUUGAGCUAUUUUUUUUUUUGCGGGAGGGGGGGGAAAGUUGUUAUAGAAAGUACAUUUGGGGGUAGUAGGUUUGUUUGCAGUUCAACAGGAUUUUUAAGCAUUUUGUGAAGAGUUCACUCUAAAACAGAUUGUGGCUCAAAUGAAUUUUUUUGAAAUAAAAUUCCAAUAUGCUGAAUGGUUUUCUACGUUUACAUCAACAGAAAAAAGUUAUCAUUGGGAGACAUUGGGUCGUGCACUGCAUUAACCGGGUUGCAGUAGAACCUGCGUUUACCUGCAGGUAGUCAGUUUUCUCUCCUACCUCCUACCAUAAACAAUAUUUUCCCUUGUUUUUCUGAUCUGAGCCUUUGCACUGAUGGUAGUUAGGAGGAUGGACUCUAGUGAAGUCUUUUCAAGAGUGCAUGUGUUAAGAAAUGUACAAAUAACUUGCUAUUCAGCUGUGGGAAUUACUUAUUUAGACUAUUUUUUUGUUUUAGUCUGACUGGAUUUUGGCUACCUUCUUCACUGUCAGCAAUACUUUUCCUAUUUCUAGUUUUGGUCAUUAUUCUUUGCUCUUGUAAAAACCCUGUUUAAAAUUCAGUUAAGCUUAUACAUGGUAAAGAAAUCUAAUUUCUCCAGCAGAAAUACCUGACCCUUACAGAGUAAGGGAAGUGUUUACAUGACAUUUUAUGAUGUCAGGUUACUGGCAAAAGUUGAAAAUAAUCAGAUUAGUUAAAUGCAUGUAAACACAGAUUGUAAUAUUAACAUUGGAAUAUAUUCUGUGCCGCUUUUCAAGUUGUCCUUUGUACAAAGGCAGCUGGUCUGACUCAGUACAGCUAAUGUAUUUUUUACUUAUGUCAAGACACCAAAGUAAUCCCCUGAGUGUUGUUUGUGUAUUAAGUUUUACAUUCAUUUUGUUUCAACAUUCCCUUUUUGUUCAAUGUUGCGUUUUCCCCUGAAAAAGAUGUUAUGACAUCACAACAGUGGCAUACAACUCUGUUUUGUUUGUUUUGACGAUCUACAUUUUCACUAAUGGUACAAAACAGCACAACAAUAAUACUCUGGACUGCAAGGACCAAAGGUGGAUAAUCAUUCAUUUCAUAUUGAGAGUAUUUAUUUCUUUAAACUGGAGGAAAAAAAAAAUUUGACUUGUAAAUGAACGCUCUUAAGGCAGCAGUAUAGAAACAUGGAUUGAUUCUAUGGCACCUGCAAGACGAGUUGAAGUACCUGCUUGCACAUAAAAUCUCUCGCAACUUCAGCCUGCAGCGCCUCAACUUGAGUUUUUUUAUAAGGAGCAAUGAGCCCAAAGAGUGUGUGAAAAGUAACCGGUUAUAUGCAACUUGCAGGAAAUGCUGUCUUGGAGGUAGUAAAUAAAGCUGUACAAAAGUUAAACUUGUUUGAUCAGUGAGCCAACACACACUGGGAUUGUUUUCUACUCUUUUAUUUUGGUUGCAAACAUGCCAUUGUGCCUGUGAAAACCACAUUUUCUUUCUAGUUUACUGCCUCCUUAAAUACAUGGUUAGAUCUCCAUUAGUAUCCAAAUCCUAAUAGCCAUUAAUAGUGGUGCUACGAGGUUUCUAAACAAAUCUGCCGUCUCCGCAGUCCUAACAGAAGAUGAGUCUUCCAUAAGCCAUAUUUGUGCCCUGUCACGUGUCUAUAACUAAGGUUAGACACUGGGAAAAUGUCUCAUUUCUUACCUUGACUUCCCUCUAAUUAAGAUGGUCUGACUGAUAUGUAGCACUAAUUACCACACGUCUGGUCAAUGAUCCUCCACAUUUAGCCUCGACUGACCUCUGAUUCCGUUUUGAGAAAAUGUUUACACUGUGAGGGAGAUGUCCCGUCAUUGAUGGCUUGCCCAAGACUGAUCUAGGAUCAGAGACCGCUAGGGAUACAACUGCAAAGUGACAAGAGGCAAGUGUCGUGAGGGCAGAUUUUCUCAGGGCUCCAAACAGUGUUUCGAGAUGUGUUACCUUAACAGUGUCAGAAGUGAGGAUAAUGAAAUAGAAUAUUUUAUUAUUUCUUUGUCUCAAAACUCGUCACUAUUCUAGUUUUGGAAAAUGUUACAUUUCCUCCCCCUCCCCCAUCCACUAUUUCAUCUUGUGCCUCAUCAAAAACAUUGUCUGCUUCACGUUUUAUUUUUUAUCCACUAUUAUUUCAAUUGUCUCGGAAGAAACUGGUUUAUUUGUAUGUUUAGACCACUGGUGGAGUGUAUUGUGUUAAAAAAAAAAAAAAAAAAGGGAAACGGUGAUUUACUCUUGUAUUUUAUGUUCCUGGUGUAUGCUGGGAAAAGGGGUUUUAUGGUGUUAAAUUGAGUUUGGCACAGGUCGCUUUCUUCCUUUUUAAUGUUUGAUCCAAACAGUUCCUAGGGGAAAUCUGACCUUGAGCCUCAUCCGCAACAUGAAGGUACAUGGGCUCCUCUAUAUAUCUAAUGUAUGGCUGCUGUCUUUAAAAGUCACAAAUGUCUGUUUUUAUUGUAUAGGCAAAAUAAAGAUAAUUCAGAUGUUACUGGCGA